AUGGAAAAAUCCAAAAAUUUCCGCAUCGACGCGCUGCUGGCUGUCGACCCCCCCAAGGCGGCGGCGGCGGGGCAGAGCGCCCCGCUGGCCCUGGUCACCUCGCUGGGCGGCAGCGGUAGUAGCAGCAGCGGGAGCGGCAGCCCUCCGUCCUCGUCCUCCUCUUCCUCGUCCUCUUCAUCCUCCUCCGAGCACCCCUCUGGCGGCCCCGCCGACUGCCUGCGCACCGACAGCCCCUCUCCGCCUCGCCUCCUGGCCGCCCACUGCGCCCUGGUCCCCAAGCCCGGCUUCCUGCCGGGGGCGGGCUCGGGCUCGCACCCGCACCACCACGCCUCGGCGGCCGGCAUGGCCCUGGGACUGCACCCCGCGGCGCCCGGCGGGCCGGGCAUGCCGGCACAGGCGGCCCUCUACGGGCACCCGGUGUACGGCUACUCGGCGCUGGGCGGGCAGCACCCGGCGCUCUCCUACCCCUACUCGCAGGUGCAGGGAGCGCACCCCUCCCACCCCGCCGCCGACCCCAUCAAGCUCAGCGCCGGCACCUUCCAGCUGGACCAGUGGCUGCGGGCCUCCACCGCGGGCAUGAUCCUGCCCAAGAUGCCCGACUUCAACUCCCAGGCGCAGUCCAACCUCCUGGGAAAGUGCCGCCGACCCCGCACGGCCUUCACCAGCCAGCAGCUGCUGGAGCUGGAGCACCAGUUCAAGCUCAACAAGUACCUCUCCCGGCCCAAGCGCUUCGAGGUGGCCACGUCGCUCAUGCUGACCGAGACGCAGGUGAAGAUCUGGUUCCAGAACCGGCGCAUGAAGUGGAAGCGCAGCAAGAAGGCGAAGGAACAGGCGGCACAGGAGGCCGAGAAGCCGAAGGGGAGCGGCGGCGAGGACAAGGGGGAUGAGGACCUGCUGCUGCCCGCCCCCGAGAAGAGCGCCGGCAGGAGGACGCGGGAGCUGCCCGACAGUGAACCUGAAGACGAGGAAGACGAGGAGGAGGAAGAGGAGGCGGGGGCGGCCGGGAGAUGCUGCCCGUACCACUCCUCCGACUGCUCCGAGGCGGACGAGGAGGACACGCAGCCCCGGGGCCGGCACGGAGCCCCGGCGCAGCCCCAGUGAGCCCU